AGACUGCUCUGCAAUGACUACAGCAAGAUAUAGGCCUACCUGGGACUUGGUACUAGACCCAUUAGUGUCCUGCAAGCUCUGCCUCGGUGAAUAUCCUGUGGAGCAGAUGACAACGAUAGCACAAUGCCAAUGCAUCUUCUGUACCCUGUGCCUAAAACAGUAUGUGGAACUUUUGAUCAAAGAAGGUCUAGAAACAGCAAUCAGCUGCCCUGAUGCUGCCUGCCCAAAGCGAGGCCAUCUGCAAGAAAAUGAGAUUGAGUGCAUGGUUGCAUCAGAAAUCAUGCAAAGGUAUAAGAAGCUACAAUUUGAAAGAGAAGUGCUUUUGGAUCCGUGUCGGACUUGGUGUCCAUCCUCUACUUGCCAGGCAGUUUGCCAGCUCCAGCAGCCAAGCCCACAGGACCCCCAGCUGGUCCAGUGCAAAGCCUGCGACAUUGAGUUCUGCUCUGCUUGCAAAUCUAAUUGGCAUCCAGGUCAAGGCUGUCAAGAGAACAUGCCAAUCUCUUUUCUUCCAGGAGAAACAAGUUCAGUUUUUAAAAUGGAAGAAGAUGAUGCUCCAAUCAAACGCUGUCCAAAGUGUAAAGUUUACAUUGAACGGGAUGAAGGCUGUGCCCAAAUGAUGUGUAAGAACUGCAAACAUGCCUUUUGCUGGUACUGUCUGGAAUCUCUUGAUGAUGAUUUUCUCCUAAUACAUUACGACAAAGGACCUUGUCGAAACAAGCUGGGACACUCCAGGGCAUCUGUUAUCUGGCACAGAACACAGGUGGUAGGAAUUUUUGCAGGAUUUGGUCUUCUGCUUUUGGUGGCCUCCCCUUUCCUUCUACUGGCUACACCAUUUGUUCUGUGCUGCAAGUGCAAAUGUAAUAAAGGAGAUGAUGACCCUCUACCUACCUAGACUGAGAGAAGAUUGGACUCAUCAAAACUUGUGUUUUGAUUUUAUUGUUGCUGUUGAUGUUUCCCUCUUGCACUUACAUUGCUGUAGCCUUACUUGCCCCGUUCUGCUUUUCAUUGACACACAGUCUUGGUUCCAGGAACUGUUGUUACUACUGUUGCAUAGAUCAAUUGAUAAUAGACAAGGAGGGUAAUGGAAAGCAAGUUUGGUGCUAAAGGGAGACCAUGGACCCAGGUAACUGUCUGAAAUGAAGAGGUGAUACUGCUAAAAAUAAUGCAAAAAGUUUCCGAUGCCCUGCUGGUGGACUGGGAACUGUGCUGAAUGACAUCAGCAAAAGAAGCUAAAAAUGCAUACAAAUCUAAACUUUCUGCAUAUCCGUUUGCUUCAAAAUUUGGUGUCUUAUUCCUGUAUAUAUUUAAGUUUUUUAUCACUUAAAUCAGAUAGUCAACGUGACUUUACCAUGUUUGUUACAUAUCUGUUUUUGUUAAGGCCAUCACAAUGUCCUUUUUAGUACCUGUUUUUCCAAGUAUAACAAAAUCAAUAAGGUGCAUAUAGGCCAUCCUAUGCCUUUCUUGAAAUUUGGGGAGAGUGCAAGGACAAAAUUGGUCCUGUUGCCUUUCAGGAUUUUUUUGAAGUCUUAUAAGAAAUUUGUUUGAUUGAAAGCUACAUUUUAAAAAUGAAUUGGUGAAGCUGUAAGGUUGCGUGGUGACACAAACCUGCUAUCUAAUCAAGGUUCUUUUAAAAAUGCGUCGAUGGUAUUGAUUACCGCUGGACCACUAGUGUUUUUCUGAAUUGUUAUUUUUUUGCUGUUGUUUAGGGUUCUGCUACACUUACAGGGCUACGUAACUUCUAAUCCAGGUAUCUUAAUCUUUUUUAUAUAGAGAUAGAUAUAUAUAUAAUCCUAUUUAAACCAAAUGUGUAAAUAGCUGUGCUAUUGAAAUAUUUUGGAAGUUCAAGAUAGCUUGCUUCUGUCUUUAGGGUAAUUAUUAAAAAAUACAGGACUAACUUUACUAUUUAGCAGACUUGUGUUAUCAAUGAAUCUUUCCUUUUAAGUAUAAAAAUACAUCAGGAUUAUCCCUCUAGUUAAUAAUAAAAAUGCCUGGGAUGUUUAUGGAAGUUGUACUUUACAUUUAAACUACUUAGCCCAUUUUCAGAGUUAAUAUUCUGUGAUGUAUGGUGUAUGCUGUUAAUAACAAUGCUGUGAUGAAACAAGUUUUCAUUUGAAACAUAAUCACUUGACUUGAUUUGAUAGUUUUGCGGAAUUCACAGUGCUGUGUUUCCAGGUUAGUAAAGUGUGCUCCUCAACGUACUGUUAAGUUUCUCUUUAGAAAUAUUCUGUUGAAAACAAUUUUGCUCUGAUUUUAAAGCCUACAAGAAUUUGACUAAUCACUUCUUGCCAUGAAAUAUGAAGCAUCUGAAACAAGUGUGUAUGUCAGCUUAUGUACGGAAGUUUAACUGCAGGUUUUUCAUCAUCAUUUAUUUCUGUGUGUUACCCAUGUACUCAGAUGAAUACGUUGAAACCAGGAUAAUUUUGCACUGAAAAUGUAUUAAGACCCUUAAAUGCAACUGCUUCUGGCUGCUGUCACAGGCUGGGAAUGUGUUUUCAUAGCUCAAGCAUAAGGAAAUGACUCCUUUCUUUAUUAUCUUUCAUUUUAUACUGUCUGUCUGUUAAAUAAAAAGACUGUAGGGUACAAUUUUGAAAAAGCCCACUAUCUUUUUAUAAAACUGCUCUCGAGUUUCUUCUCCUCGCCUUCUUCCAAGUUUAAUGGUAUCCAAAUUCAAACUGUAUCUAACCACAGAUUGUAGCUCUGGGAGCUAGAAAUUAUCUGCAAUUCACUUAUUUGGCUUGAUUUUAAUGAGCUCAGCCAUUAUAACGUGGAUAAAAAGGAUAGCUGCUUUCCAGCAAGUCUGAACUGCUUGUGAUAUCUUCAGGUUAUUUGUGACGAUGCACAGUUCAGAUCUUUACUUGUAAUACCUGGUUUUGUUAUCACGGUAUUUUUAGUACUUUAGUCAUCUUUGUUAUUAAAAAUUGCUUAGUUGUUCAAAAAUACCUGAAGCCUGGAUAGCGUGUUCGAUGUGGGGUGCGUGAAGCAGCGCCGAGCUCAGCGGGCGGUGGAGCCGUUGUCUCACUCCAGCCCUUUGCAGCAGCUCAGUCCAUCUCCCCAGAGGAGCCCUAAGCCCAGCCCCUGGGUCUCCCCAGAGGAGCCCUAAGCCCAGCCCCUGGGUCUCCCCAGAGGAGCCCUAAGCCAAGCCCCUGGGUUGUCCUGAGUCAUAGAUAGCUUCAGCGCGCAGAAGUCUUGGACACCCUUCUGCAGAGGACAGUGUCCUGCAGGUAAGCUCGAACUAUGGCCAUUCGUCUUUGGCCUUGUAAUUCUAUUUAACAGGAGGAGAAAAAAACCCCACAACAACAGGACAACAGGACGUAAAGAUUUCAAGGGUUGUUAAUUUUCUAAUUGGGAUCACUAAGGGGUUUUGCUGUAUGCAGCGGUGGCUCUAGUGACCAGUGGUACUACUGGGAUGACAGGAAGCAGCAGAGGUGCAGAGGGCUGGUAGCAGCACCGGAGUGUCCUGGUAUGAGGUUUAUUUUCUCUGUGCCUUUAUCUUAGAGACAGCCUUUAUGUGGUGAUAUAGCAAAACUCGAGUUUUCCACAGUACUGUGUGGCCAGUUUAUAAUCAACGUCAAAAUGAAUGCAUUUCCAGAUUUAAAAGGAAAGAAAAAGAAGUCCUUUACAAAUACAGACAUUUUAAAAUGAUAGUUUAUAAUUGAUGCUCACCGGUAAUCAGAAAACUGUGUACUUCUGUCACUAUGUCUCUGAUCUCAACAUACUUGAAUUCCUACUGAAAAUUCCGAUUACAUAUCUCUUGUUCCACAUGACGGCUGUUGGGAUAGACUAUAUGCCUACAUGUUUUUACCAAAUACCUAAUCCUUUCAGGUUUGCUAAAUGUCAUUCCAUCUGUAUUCUUCUCGGGGAAUUUUUUUUUUUUUUAAUGCUGAUUUUUUCCAAAGUAGCAACUUCUGGCGGUGAUGUAUUGAGUUUGGGGCAUUUUUAUGUUACAGCUUAUGUUGAUAGUGUGACAUUUAAUACCCUAAAAUUGAAUUGUAAAUACAUUAUUUUAAACUCUGACAUUUAAACCCCCUGCCAUGGAAAAGCGAAUGUUUGUCUCUGCUGCUUUUCAGAUGAAAUUCUGUUACAACAGCUUUGUCUUUAUAGAUGUUCCCCUGAAAAAUAAGAUUCAUUGCAUGAGUUCUGUUGAGUUUUUAUGGUUAUGCUAUUGUUUAGGGUUUGUUGCAUUGUCUUAAAUGCUGUUUUAAAUGGAGUUUGUAACAGUGCAUCAUUUGCAUGUUCCGUUGGGGUAAAGUAGCAUCCUGUCUGGCAACACUGAGUGUGGAGUCUGGACUCGAGAGGCUUUGCCAUUCAUUAGUUGGGCUGAAGUCAGUCCUGAGAGAGACCAGUAGCAGAGCCUGCCCCAACUUCAGUGGCAGUAGCAUUGGGUUUUCCCUAUGUGACAUUGGACAAGUCACUUAUCUCCUUUUAUCUCAAUUUUACCAUCUUUGGAAUGGAUGGACCAAUGUUUACCUACCUCACAGGAGGGCUGUGAGGGCAAAUUCAUUGGUUGUGAGGCUCAUCAAGAUUCUGUGAUGAAAGAUUAUAUAUAAAUGCUUACUGUAGUUUUAUGUUAAUAUUUCAAUUUUAUUCCUGUUGGCAUUCAUCCUAAGAACCUCCUACUACUGACUUCAUGCCAAGAAUUCGGGAUACCAAGCACAUGAUACCACAUACCAAGCAGCAUGAUCCUUCCUCAAAUACUCCAGUUUAUGAAUUAGGCAAAAUCCCAAAUAAGAGCUGACUGGAUCAACUCUCAGCUUACAGCUGAUCUCCUGACAUGCAGGAAACGCAGUCAAAAUCAGUCAAAAGCUCUCUUGUUUAUGGAGCUGACAGGGUAAAAUAUUCAUAGAUCAGAAAAAGAUGAAGUGCAUUUGAUUUAAAAUUGUUAUGGGCAGGAAAAUAAAAAUGACGUUUUGUGCAUUUCAUCUGGAGUUCUUUUACUGUAUAGAAAUAAAUGCAUUUAAUACAGGCCUUUCUCAUCCCAAUGAGGUGCAGCAUGCAUAAAGCUUUGUGCAGGUUUGCUUUUUUAAAACCAAAGUUUGUACAUUUCACAUACAUGAUCUAAAAUCCUGAGGAAAACAGGUAGAAUAUGGUUGUUGAUGACAAUGAUAUUAAAGACAUCAAAAAAGUCUUCAUCAGUGCUUAAUUGCUAAUGCACUUAUACUAAGUAAGGCAUGCUGUUUGUGUUUAGAGCCCUGUGGUCUUCAUUAUUGCUUUGAUUUGUAUAUCUCUCUUAUAAGAAUUCCAGGAACAUUAGGUACAGGUACAUGGUGCAUAACUGAACCUUUCUUGAUCAAUUUAUCAUGGAUGUAUUUUAAACUUGUAUAGGAAUAAGCAUGAAGGAGUCAUGCGUAUGUAUAAAUAAUGUAUUUGACCAGUGUAAAAAUAGUUCUGUUGAUGUAUUUGAAAUGUAAGUACAUUUUGUGCCACUAACACUGUGAUGUAUAAAAGAGCUGUUGAAUGCCUUUUAAUGUUGUGUUUUGUACUUUGAAUCAUAUUGAAGAGUUUAAUUUGUAAUUUCAAUAGAUAUUUUAAAUGAG